UCGCUGCUCUUUUUGGCGCCUCACUGGAGGAGGAAGGAAGGACUACGUUUGUCUGAUGUUAGAAGAAAGUUCUCAUUGUUAUUAUUAUUAUUAUUUUUUUAAUCAUAGUUUUGAAAACCUUGCCAGCAGUUUUACCUGGUCAUUAUGAGGAGGUACACACUUAGGGGAAAGGAUGACGUCUAAGUGAACUUCAGAAGCAGAGUCACGGGCUUUUUGUUGUUGUUGUUGUUGUUGUUGUUGUUGUGUGCGUGAGUGUGUGUGUGUGUGUGUGUGUGUGUGUGGUUAUAUUAGCUCCUAAGUUGAACUGUAAGGACAAUUAUUGGGUACUAUUUUGUAAAGAAAAUGGAGCGUACCGGCUUGGCGGUUGUGGUGCUUUUGGCAGUAGCGCUGGUCGACGUAGGUGAUGGUCACACGGACACCUCGACAGGUGGGAGGAAAAGCCUUCCGGCUGCCGGGCAGACGCUUUGGGACCACUCGGAAGGUGGCGAAAGAAGCCCUCCGGAGACCACCCGCGCCCGCGGUGAUGGCGAGCUGCCGCCGUCGAAAGCAGCCCCGAGGACCGCCAGACACCCACGCAGCGUGACCCCCUCGCAGCCCAGAACCAGAGUCAACCGCCGGCAGAACAGCAAGUCCAGCACGGCGAGCACCAGGCGACUUGUCGGGCCAAAUGUGUGCGGCGGUCAGCAGUGCUGCUCCGGCUGGGCUGUGGCACCAGGAACAAACCGAUGCAUCAAACCCGAUUGCCAGCCGCCCUGCCAGAACCGCGGCUCCUGCAGCCGGCCGCAUACUUGCGUGUGCCGCUCGGGUUUCCAGGGGCCCCGCUGUGAAGAGGUGGCCCCCGAGCAGGUGUACAUCCAUGACAGAGGGUCUCUGAGGCGUGUGCAGCCGGGCAGCAACCCUUUCCAGAGAGACCAACCGCGCAGACGGCCCUUGGAAAGGCAGAUAGAUAGCACCAAGGUCCAGACCCCGCGACCUGCGACCACCAGGCAACCAGUCCACACUGCGACCCAAGUGAGACAGGGACCCCCUGAAUCCUCCCCUCAGCUGACUGGGACCUCCCGUACUGUGAAGCGUUAUCCGUCAUCCUCUGGGCCGAUCACCUCCAACGCGCUGCCCAACGGCAACGCCCACGGAAAUGAGCACAGGAACUCCCAUGGACAAAGAAAUGGGCAUGACACCAUGCACUACUUCAAUACUCACAGGCCAACCAGUAACAACCAGCUACAUGGAAAAUUCAACAAUGCAUUAUCACCAGCAGGGGCCAACCUCACCUCCAGCCUGGACCGCAUAAAGAUUGUCUUCACACCGACAAUGUGCCGCCGGGUGUGCAGCAACGGGCGCUGCUACAAUAGCUGUGAGAAAGGGGACGUGACCACUGUCUACAGUGAGACUUCACACCAGCAGCAACAGCAGCAGCAGCAGCAGCAGCAGCAGCGGCCAAAGACGCCAGGCUUCCGACUCUUCUUUUGUCAGAUCCCCUGUCUAAAUGGAGGCCGUUGCAUUGGCAGGGACCAAUGUUGGUGUCCAACCAACUCAACCGGGAAGUUUUGCCACUUGCCAGCUCAGCCUCACGCAAAGCCCACCGCUCACAAGGACUCCAGAAACUCUGGAUCUAAACCUCCUUCCCACUCCACGUACACUCUACCGCUUUCCAAUCAACAAGGCUCGCUUCACCCAUCCUUGGUCAAGGUCCAUAUCCAGCAUCCGCCGGAGGCUGAGGUCAGGAUCCAUCAAGUGGCUCGGGUCCAACCCGGUCAAAGGUCACCCACCACGGAGGGGGCUCACUCUGUUCAGCAACGCUCUCAGCCUGGCAAUGGCCAAGAGCCCGCCAUUGAGCAUGGCAGCAGACACACCAGCGUGGACGGCCACGCCAGACCACACCACCGUCAGAACGGACACGUGGGAAGAUGCUUCCAGGACACAGUUGACGGACAGUGUGACAAGCCUCUGCCAGGCCUAACCAAACAGGAUGAUUGCUGUGGAAGCGUGGGAGCCUCUUGGGGUCUCAACAAGUGCCACAAGUGUCCAACCAAACCAGCAUAUGCAGUGAUUGCAAAUGGACAAGUGGAAUGUCCUGUCGGAUAUAAAAGAAUGAAUGUGACGCACUGUCAAGAUAUCAAUGAGUGCCUCCUGCCCGAAAUCUGCAAGAAUGCAGAGUGUCUCAACACCAAAGGAAGCUACAGGUGCACAUGUAAACCUGGUUUCAUGUUGGACCCUGCCAGAAGCCACUGCGUCUCUGACAAGGCAGUUUCAGACCAGAAGGCAUUUUGCUACAGAUCGGUGUCAGCAGGCACGUGCUCACUGCCACUUUCUCAGCACAUCACCAAGCAGAUCUGCUGCUGCAGCCGUGUGGGCAAAGCCUGGGGGGAUGGGUGUGAUCGCUGCCCUUUGCCCGGAUCUGAUCAUUUCAAGGAGAUCUGCCCGGCUGGUCACGGAUACACCUACUCCCGCUCUGAUGUGCAGAUUUCUCUGCGACAGCUUGGGGAGGGUGAUCUUCAAAGUACUGGAUUGUCUUGGGAGGAGCAGAACCCCACAUAUCCUCAGCUGCCGUCUUCCCAGCCGCAAUAUCCCACGUACCCACAGACUCCUCAAAUACCCCAAUGGCCCGAGUACCCAGAGUCACCAGAAUCACCUCGGCACCCUGUUACUCCACAGCAGCCUUCCCAUCCCUUUUUCCCAGACAGAGAAACAGCUCGACAGCCUGAAGAUGUGGAAAUUCCAAGCCCGCCAGUUGUUGUGACAGACUCACCAUUGAAAUAUCCAGAAGUUGAUCCAGACUCACCAGCCAAGCCUGAUCCAAAGGAAACAGCCCACACAGACUCAGUAGGUGUGGACAUGUGCACAACCAUCCCCUCCAUUUGUGGCCAUGGGAAAUGUGUUCCUGUGCAGACUGGAUACAGCUGCCAGUGUGAACCAGGUUUCAAACUCAGUGCUCUGCAGACCAACUGCAUUGAUGUGAAUGAGUGUGAGAAUGAGCCAUGUGGUGGAAAGGGCAGUUGCACGAACAGCUAUGGCUCAUACAGUUGUCACUGCUUCAGCGGCUACAGCCAGGUGAUCACCAAGAACAGGAAGUUCUGUCAAGACAUUAAUGAGUGCAGCAUGCCCAACAAGUGCCAGAAUGGCCACUGCGUCAACACGGAAGGAUCUUUUACCUGUGAAUGUGACAGUGGCUUUGCCAAGUCCUGGAGAGGCCAAUGCGAAGAUGUAGAUGAGUGUCAAGAUCCCAACACUUGUCCUAGCGGUGGUUGCAUCAAUACUGUGGGCUCCUUUCAGUGCCAGGUUUGCAGCCCUGGCUUCAGGCCUCUCGGCGAUAGAUGUGUAGAUGUGAACGAGUGCUUGAACCAAAACAUAUGCGGCCGUGGAAGGUGUGUCAACAGCGAGGGCUCCUAUAGGUGCAACUGCUUCCAAGGUUACAAACUCGCACUGGACAACGUAUGCCAAGAUGUGAAUGAGUGUCUGCUUCCGGGGGUCUGCCUUAACGGACGCUGUGUCAAUCUAGAGGGUACCUACAGUUGCACCUGUAACCACGGUUACCAAGUCACCUCAGAUAGAAAAGACUGUGAAGAUAUUAAUGAGUGCAUAUCUGGUAAAAAGUGUCCUGAAGAAAUCUGCAUCAACACACCAGGUUCCUUUACAUGCCAGAGCUGUAAUCCUGGCUUUGAACCUUCUGAUGAUGGGCUGAGAUGUGAAGAUGUGGACGAGUGUUCUCAGGGUGACUGGUGUCUCGGCGGUGUGUGUGCCAACACGCCCGGAUCGUACACCUGCACCAAGUGUAAGGCAGGCUACAGAGUUUCUCCAGAUCGACGAAGAUGUGAAGAUAUUGACGAAUGCCAGUCGCGGUCUACCUGUGCCAACGGCAUCUGUCUAAACUCGGAGGGCUCUUACACCUGUGAGAACUGCCCCACGGGCUACACAGUGUCGUAUGACGGAGAGCUCUGUGAAGACAUUGACGAGUGUGCACUGCCCACUACAUGCCCCCGGGGAACAUGUACAAACACAGAGGGUUCCUUCACAUGUGUCAGCUGUCAGACCGGUUACAGAGUCUCUGAGGAUGGACAGCAGUGUGAUGAUGUGAAUGAAUGCUCGGUAGCUAACGUGUGCCCAGGCCAGCUGUGCUCAAACACCCAGGGAUCAUAUACCUGCAGGAACUGUGGAUCCGGCCUGCAGCUGUCUGAGGACGGUUAUGGCUGUGAGGAUAUCAACGAGUGCCAGACCCCGGGUUUGUGUCCCACGGGCAUCUGCAUCAACACAGAGGGCUCCUUCUCAUGCAUGGCCUGUGACCCUGGUUUCACCGUGGCACCCAAUGGCCUUUCGUGUGAAGAUGUGAAUGAAUGUGAGGACACGGGCCUGUGUGUGGGAGGUCAGUGCACCAACACCGUGGGAUCCUACAGUUGCGCGUGCCCUGCUGGCCUGGAGCUGAUCGAUGGGACCUCCUGCAGAGAUAUUGACGAGUGUUUGACCAUCGCAGGAAUCUGUGGAGAAGGACAGUGUUUGAAUACUGAAGGCUCCUACAUGUGUGUCUGUCCGGAUGGAUAUGACACCCUUGAUGGGCGGACCGGCUGCCAAGAUGUGGACGAGUGUAGCAAAGACAACAUAUGCACACGGGGCCAAUGUCUCAAUACUGAAGGCAGUUUCAUAUGCUUAUGUGACGCUGGAUUCAAGUACAGCGAGGACACUGCUGACUGUGAAGACCAGAAUGAGUGUAAGGAGUUUGGAAGCUCGGUGUGUGGUACCUGGCGCUGUGAGAACACUAUUGGCUCGUACCGCUGCUUCAUGGGCUGCCAGGCUGGCCUUGAGGGAGAAGACGCCACAGACUGCGAUGUUGACGAGUGCCUCAACCAGACCAUCUGCGGGAGCCACGGCUUUUGCGAGAACACCGAUGGAUCCUACCGCUGCGAGUGCGAUCUGGGCUACUCAAACCCACCAGGGGACACAAGCAAAUGUGUUGACGUGAAUGAGUGCGAGAUGAGCUUGGCGCUGUGCGGCGAGGCCCUGUGUGAGAACUUCGACGGCAGCUUCCUGUGCAUCUGCCCCAACGACAAUGAGGAAUUUGAUCCCAUCACCAGCCACUGCCGCUCCCUGGCUGACACCGACUCAAAAGCCCUCGCUCCGGCGGCCCCCUCAGCCGUGGAAAGGAAGGAGUGCUACUAUAACUUAAACGACGCCAACUUCUGCAACAACGUCUUGUCCCGUAACACCACCAAGCAGGAGUGCUGCUGCACCGUGGGCGCCGGCUGGGGCGACAACUGCGAGAUCCACGCCUGUCCUGCUCCGGGAGGAGAUGAUUAUCACCAGUUGUGCCCUCAUGGCAGUGGAUCCAUACCCCUGCCUGCUUCCUCUCCUCAAAGUUUGGCAGAACAGCGACUCUACAUAGACGCAAAUGAAUGUGAAAUGUUUGGAUCAGACAUUUGUAAGAAUGGACAAUGUGUCAAUCUCUUCUCAACCUAUACAUGCUACUGUCGCUCCGGAUUCUACUAUGACAACGUCAAGCUCGAGUGUGUUGAUUAUGAUGAAUGCGAAUUCGGAAACGCCUGUAUGGAUGGAGCGUGUGUGAACACGCCGGGCUCGUUCAACUGUUUCUGCAGUCCGCCAUUAGUGCUGGACAGCACGCAGCAGCGCUGCAUAAGAAUCAACACUACAGAAGAAACUGUGGAGUCUAAUCUCGAUGUGCACAUGGACAUCUGCUGGCAGCGUCUGGAGGGAGACAACAUGUGUUCCGAACCGCUGCAGGGCCGCAGAACCACCUACACUGAGUGUUGUUGCCUCUAUGGAAUUGCCUGGAGUGGGCAGUGUGCCUUCUGUCCCAGGAAAGACUCAGAGGACUACGCAGUCAUGUGCAACCUCCCUCUGAGAGGAGGUUCAGACAGCCUACGAGAGCGGCCGGGCUACGAGUAUGGCGUCGACGGGCCCGAGGAUCCCAUAGAGCCUUUUGUUCCUCCGUACUGGGACAACUAUGGCGGCCCAGCGGGACCAUACGACGUUCCCGAGAGCGUGCCUUUGUUCAACGACAACGACUACAGCAUCCGACAACCGUCUUUGCGAGUUCCUGUCCAUCGACCCCUUGAGCACCAGCCUCGGCCGGUGGAUUCCUUCUCUGAGCGCUACGAUGGAUUUGAAGGUCUCCAAGCAGAAGAAUGCGGCAUCCUGAAUGGCUGUGAAAACGGACGCUGCGUUCGCGUGAGGGAAGGCUACACCUGCGACUGCUUUGACGGUUACGAGCUGGACCUAAACAAGAUGGCCUGCAUAGACAUAAACGAGUGUGAGGACAUCAGCGACAAGGUGCCGUUGUGCCAGAACGGCCACUGCAGCAACACAGAAGGGUCCUACAAGUGCACCUGUUUGCCCGGCUUCGUGGCCUCCGCCAAGCCACACAAAUGCAUCCCGGCCAUCCCAAAGGCGGAGACGGGGAACUGAGACGAGCGGUGAUUUCUCCUGCUUCCUUUAAGGUUGAACUUUCACCCCUCCACUGGCCUUCUCCUCCUCAGUGCCUGGCACAGUAACGCUGAAACGUCCAGACUCCAACUCCUCACAGCAGACACACUUGGGUUCGGCUCACAACACACCACUCAUUGAACCUUAGGCGAAUAACAGGAGUGAAGACACGACAAGGGAUACUGAGCUUUUUCAUUCAGUAACCCCCCCACCAACAAUUAUUUGACAUACUCUCUUUUCUCUUUAACUUUUUUUUAUGUUAUUAUUUAUUUCAGGCCACUGCUAACUAGCAAGCAAUUGACCUCAGAGGGCUCAGAAAAAGAGCGAUAUUGUCGUUUUGCAUGCUCCCCAUGCUUAUGUGCUCUCUGGGUACUCCAGCUUGCAUGUUAGGUGAAUUGAAGAUUAAAUUUGUGUUUUCCAACCAUUACUGAGCCAUGGCACAUAUUUUCUAAUAGAAAAAUCUUACAGCACACGACACAAAAACAAGAAAUAUCACAAAAAGUACCAUGGAUAUAAAAAGUCUACACAAAAACAGCUGACAUGAGUUUGAAUGUGAUUGGUUAAUGCUGAACACAGCCACGAGGGUGUGCACACUUAUGAAACUACAUUAUCUCACUUAUUUUUAAUUCCCCUCUGAAAAGAGUUGUUUUCAAUUGAGUUGUAAAGCUAAUAGGUCACACUCAUGGUGAAAAAAAAGUUUUGAAAGUCUUGGUCUUAGUAUAUCACAAAAACCUAACAUUUCAAUGGGGGUGUGUAGACAUUUUAUGGCCACUGUAUCUAUACGGAAAUAAUGACAAUCUGGUCUCAAUUUAUUCACAAAUCUACUUAGCGCUGUUACGUUGAACACAAAAACUAUUACAGUGUUCCCCGGCAAAUUCGUGAUUUGCUACUCGCAGAAUCACCUGUCCUCUGUUAUUCGCUGAAAAACUCACCAAUUCACUGUUUUUGUGCGCAGGCCAAAGCCAUGUCUAAUAUAAAAGUAUUGCUUCAGCGCCAUCUUGUGGCACCUUGGUACCAAGGAGCUGUGUCAAAAUGAGUUGAGGAACAUCGUGUAGUGCUUUGCCACCAUCUUGUGGCAUCUUGGUACCAAGGAACUGUGUCAAUAAACCUCUUUUGGGGAGGGGGGAGCAUCAAUUACUCACAGAUUAUUUUUUUUUUCACUGUAUUAGGAAUGAAUGAAUGGAAACUGGUGGACACAAACGUUAAUUGUUCCUUCUGCCAUUUAAUGGAAGAGCAUUUACUUGUUCUGCCUGUUACUACACGUCACUGGCAUACAGUGGAUAGAUGAACAAAGAUACAUUAUUUGUACUACAUUUUUGGACCAACUCAGUGAAAUUGGAUCAUUUCCUACGGUUAUAGUGGUUGGGAAUCACUGCUCUAAAUUGUCCAUAGGUGUGAAUGUGAGUGUGAAUGGUCACUUGUCUAUGUGUGUCUUACGAUACACAGGCGACCAGUCCAGGGCGUACCCCGCCUGUCGCUCAAACUCAGCUGGGAUAGUCUCCAGCUCACCUGCCACAUAAUGACGACAAGGGCUAUAGGAAAUGGAUGGAUGGCACUUAACAGAUGGCAGUGUUAGUAAACAGCCAACUGAUUUUCUUAUUCAUCAUUACACUUCUUUUUUUCCACAUUCAAAUGGAGCUGAACAGCAACGUGUCAAAUGUGCGGACCGAGAGCCGGGAAGACAAUUACAACCAAACAGUUGAAAAAUAAAGGCUUCAGCCGCCAAAUUUAAUGACUCGAAAUGUAUAUGAGGAUCUGAUUAUAUGAUGUUUUGUAAAGGUGCAAUAAUACUUGCCUUCAUUUGUUUGACCACUUUUUUUUUUUUUUUACAAUUUCCUAAAAGAAAAUCAAACUAACAGUAUUAACUUAUUUUAUUAUGUUGACAAAGUAGCAAGGCUUAUCGAAGCGUCAUGCUACAUUUUAGUCUUGUGUCUAAAAUAACACCCGAUUGAACAAAUAUCACUGUUAUGUAAUUAAAAAGUUGCUAUCAUAUACACAAUUCAAUCAAAUGAUUCAUUCCCACUAAGACAAAGGCUCCGCUGGAGAGGUUUGGUUAUUUUGUACAGCUCUAGUACUAUGUAUUUUUUUUGUUAAAUAUCCUUUUAAUGCUUCCAACAUAGCAAUAUGUUUGUUUGACAUAAAACACAAAAUCUGUGGGGGAAAAAAACCUGAUACUAUAUCUUUGUAGAUUUAUACAUGUAAAAAAAAAAAAAAACACCUAUUUUUUAAAAGCAAAUCUUUUUAUGUGUGAGGGGAGCGGCUGACACUGUACCAGAGGAACUGUGUGUAUAACCUGCCCUGUGGAGCAGAAUAUGAACUUUAUAUAUUUUUGGGGGAAGUGGCAGCACUGUUAUUAAUCCAAUGGCAGACAUUUUCCAUUUCAUUACGAAGACAAUGCUUUUGAAUUGUAAGCACCGACUUCUGUAUGUCUCUAUGGUUACAUAUUAUUAAUUGUGAUCAUUGCUUCUUUCGGUUUGUUGGUUUUUCUGAGUCAUGAAUGUAUCAUAGACAGCCUUGGCCUACUUGCAUUUCCUUAUUUGAAUUUGUUGUAUUAUUAUUGUUCAGGUUUAAUUCAACCAUUUGUUUAACAGGCACCUGGCAAAACACAAUCACGGCAGCACAUAAAUAAUUCCAAUAUCCCCUUAACCUGCAUUCAUGAACUAUAAAAGUAGCAACUGCACAAAUGUUCCCAUGCGAUGUGCACUGUACUUUUACUGUGCUGCUCUAAUUAUCACCUGAACCAGACAGGAAGUCUAACGUUUGAGUCAAAGUUGGAAGAGUCGAUGCCCCUGUAAACCUCCCAAAUAACCUAAUGAUAAUGUCUCGUUGUAAUGCUGGUGGUCAUCGGAAAUAUCACGCUCAUCCAUUUUGUUUACCUCUUGACUGUAAUCACUGUCAGUCAUCCAAAUAAAAAUGUAAAAAAAUUAA